CAAUGAUAGCCAUGGAUCAGCUCUUCAGUGCAAUUCUAGUUCUCCUAACGAUGUCCAAGGCGGGAAGCACUGCAAUAGACAUUUUCUGCUAUAUCGAGGGUCAAAUCACCAAUGAUGGGAAACUCAAUGGCACAUUCCAUUCAUGUGAGCCGGAUUAUGUGGACUGCUCAAUGAAUGAAAAAAGCGAUUUGAAUUUGGAUGCAACUCAUGAGACUGUGGUUUGUGCUGAGAAAGGCUUUUUGUGGAAUUUAGAGAAUUACUGUUCAUUUGUGCAUUUAACGCGAAAAUCAUACUGCUACAAUAUGAAACACUGCUAUGGAGUAAAGAUGAAGUGUGCAAACAGCAGCAUCUUUUUCACGGCAAUUUCGAAGACAGUCAUAGCUACUGUUGCGAUUAUGCUGUUGCUGCUUGGAGUGGUUGCUAUAUGGAAACUAAUUCGAGAUGUUCGCAGAUCGGAUAUGUUAGAUGUUCGGGAAAAAUCCCGCAGAGAAUCUGCAGAAAGUGUGGCUAGAACGAAUAGCAUCAGCACCAGGGACUGAAUAUGUUAUUGCACUUUAUCGCUAAAUGAUUGUUGCAUUUUGUUUAAAGUAAUGUAUGGAUCAAUGAAGGAUGAAC